AUGAUCCCCAAAAAGUUGUCCUUUUUUGCCCAAAUUGCAAACCCAAGACUCAAUCGUCUUCUCCUCCUUCCCGAACGGAACCCUACCCCUCCGCCACCCACCGCCGCUUAUAUUCUCUCUCCGAAGCAGAAGCAGAAGAUUGCUGGAAGAGAUGUAUACCUGAAAUUUCUCCCUCAAGUGAUUGCUCUGCUCUCGCUGGAGCAAUUGAGUUAUAGUGCAGAGAAGAUGCUCUCAAACCCAAUACCAAUGCUUUGUGCCGUUACCUCUUCCUUAACUCGCUAUGCACCAACUCUGAUUCAACUCAACUCUCUGAAUCACUUGAGCUUCCGAGUUGGGUCAAAGCCGUUCCCUCGAAAACUUCCACUGAUGAAGAUGUCAAUGAAGAAGAUGAUGAUUUUGUUAUUCCUUCUCUCGCUCAUUGGGUCGAAUCUCCAAGUCGAAAGCUUGUUGUUGAACUUGAAGCCCGUGAACAACUUUUCAACAAGACUAUCGAGUCAGAUAUCGAUAAGUUGAGCAAUGUUCUUAACAAAAGGUACGCUUCUCCUAAAAAAGUAGCUCAAGAACUUGAUGGGUGUGGUGAUUUAAAUUUAUCAGGAAGUUUCGACUUGGGUAGGAACACAAACAGGUUAUAGGCAUUCCCCAGAAUCAUAUAAUCUAAUGGUUGAUAUCCUGGGAAAAGCUGAUGAGUUCCAGCAUAUGUGGGAAUUGAUUGAGGUAAUGAGCUCUUUGGAUGGUCACAAUGGCUAAAGUCAUUAGGAGACUUGCAAGAGCUCAUUUGUAUGAGGAAGCCAUAGCUGCUUUUAAAGGAAUGGAGAGACUUGGUAUAAGCAAGGACGUUUCAGGUUUGAACAUACUUCUAGACACACUAGUUAAGGAGAAUAGUGUUGAGCAUGCCCAGGAAGUUUUUCUUGAGUUUAGGGACUGUGAAUACCACAAGUUUCAACAUUUUAGUACAUGGGUGGUGCAAAGUUAGGAAGUUUGAUACUGCUAGGAAGGUUAUGGAGGAUAUGGAGAAAAAUGGGUAUCAACUCAAUGCAUUUACUUAUACUUGUUUCGUCGAAUCAUACUGUUGCGAAAAGGAUUUUCAAAAUGUAGAUGCCAUUCUUGAUGAAAUGAAGGCCAAAGAUUGUGCCCCAACUGUUGUAACAUACACUAUAAUAAUGCAUGCUUUUUAGGGAAGGCAAAACAGAUAAAUGAAAUUGCUAUUGUGACCAUUCACAAGAAGAGAAAGCUCUGAAAUUGCUUAAGAAAAUGGACCUCAAAACUUAUGCUGCCUUGUUAAAGAUGUGUUGCAAGAAGAGGAGGAUGAAGGUGCUUCACUUUCUGCUCAACCAUAUGUUUAACAACUGAUUAGUGGGCUUUGCAAGAGUGGGAGAGUUGAACAUGCUUAUUAUUCUUUCUUUAAGGAAAUGAUUUCAAAGGAUAUGGUAAAGGAAAAACAAGAUAUUGAGAAGUUGUUUUUGAGGUUGUCUAUCAGGUAUAAUGUGUGAGGAGAUGAAAUUGUGUAUUGUUUUGUUUUGCCAUUAGGAAGUACCAAGAUUUUACUAUUAUUUCA